AUUUUACCCUUGGCGAUGCAGAUUACCUCCAUUUGCGGCAAUGUGUUGAGUCGUACUCUAUCUGGAGGCCGUGCUGAACGCAAUGAGGCGCUGCUAUUGCACGCCUUUACACAACACGGAUAUAUUGUUCCUGACCCUCCGGUUUACCGUCGUGGAAAAGGAACACACGAUGAGGUAUCGGAAGCUCUAGAGCAAGGCGAUGAACUCCAAACAUCUGCUGGCAGACGCAAGCCUGCCUACACAGGGGGAUUAGUUCUGGAACCAAAGAAAGGUUUCUACGACAAAUACAUUCUGUUGCUAGAUUUCAACUCUCUAUAUCCAUCUAUCAUCCAAGAGUUCAAUGUAUGCUUCACCACAGUGGAUCGGGAACUUGUUACUGGUGGUGCACUUUCCGUCGGUCAAUCUUCGGAAUCCGAAAUGGCCUCAGAAAGAACUGGUUCUGGGCCCUCGCAGUCUAAAGCUUUUGAUUUAGACUCCAUGGUCGCUUCUUUGUUGUCCAGUGUUCAUGGGGCUUCUGCUGGUUCAUCAACUGCUGCAGCCCCUGAUCCUCUCUUGUCCCACUUGCGUCUUCCGACCUCCCAAGCCCCUGGCCUCUUACCCGCUGAGAUUCGCCGCUUAGUAGAAUCACGUAAAGAAGUGAAAAAGCUUAUCGCGACGACAACCUCUGCAAGUCCUUUGCAGUUGGCCCAGUGGAAUACACGACAGGCCGCUUUGAAACUGACUGCUAACAGUGUCUACGGAUGUUUGGGUUUCGCUGCUUCUCGAUUUUUUGCCCGAGGGUUGGCUGCUCUCGUUACUGGCUUAGGCCGGGCAGUUCUCAUGAAUACACGCGACUUGGUAGAACGCAUGAAUCUUGAGGUCAUUUACGGCGAUACUGAUUCUAUCAUGAUCAAUACAAACACCACCGACUUACUGGCCGCUCUCACAAUCGGUGAACGCGUCAGACAGGAGGUCAACAAGCAUUACAGGCUACUGGAGUUAGAUACCGACGGGGUUUAUAGCGCCAUGCUUUUACUCGCCAAGAAAAAGUAUGCUGCUCUAGCUAUCAAUGAUCCUGUUCAGUGGGCAUCGGCUUACAGAGCAGCGCAGGCCAAAAACAUAACUAUUGCUCCUCCGACUAAGAAACAGGAAUUGAAGGGAUUAGACAUCGUCCGUCGUGAUUGGUCCGCGUUGGCAGUGAACGUUGGCCGUCGAUGUGUCGCCGCGCUCCUGUCUGGCGACCCAAAAGACGUUAUUCUGGAGCGCAUUCAUACUGAUCUGUCUGAGACAGCUGAUAAAGUGAAACAAGGCCAACUACCUAUGUCGGACUUCAUAAUCACUAGGAUGCUUACAAAAGACCCUGAAGAUUACGCGGAUGCCAAAAGUCUUCCACACGUUCAAGUGGCUCUCCGGCUCAAUCACUCCAAUUCCACACAGUCUGAUGAAAGAAAUCCCACCGGGUCCACCCGCCGGUUUCGAGCAGGUGAUACGGUUGAAUACAUCAUCUGCAACGAUGGUUCCAAUUCGGCCGCAACCCAGCGCGGUUACAGUCCAUCAGAGUUGGCCGAUCAAGAGCGCAAUAAGUUGGCGAAUACAACCAACACGCCUGUUCUCUCUGUGGAUGUGAACUAUUACUUGGCCCACCAAAUCCAUCCUGUUGUUUGCCGCCUGGUUUCUCCCAUUGAGGGCACCUCCCCGGCUCGUAUCGCCGAUUGCUUAGGCCUCGAUCCGAGCGGAUAUCAACGCCAGGGAACGGCCCUCACAGGCGUAGAUGAAGAUGAUGAAAUCGUUGCCUCCGAGGGCGCUGGCAACGGAUUCAGCUCCUGGGGUGACGUAGACCCGCUGACUGUUUCCUGUCCUGCGAAAUGUGGUGGUCCGCCGUUGGAAAUUAAGCCUAUCUCCUUGGGUGUACCUACAAAAACAUGGACCUGCUCGCAUUGUUCUCACAACGUGCUUCACUCCGUGGAUUCGAUUCGCGUGAUCGUCAAUCGUCUAACCGUCCUGGCACGUCAAUGCAUUGUCCGUUACCAGCUGGGCUGGCUCCGAUGUGAAGACCCCGCGUGCGAUUUAAUCUCACGCUCUAUCCAUUGCCCACCUAGCUUUAUGGGGAUUCACGGCGAAUCGGAUGGCUUGUGGGCUCGUGGCUGUCGUCCUCUUUGUCCUGGCUGCGGUGGUUUAGCACUACUUAAGGCGCAGUACACCGAGGGUCGUUUGUACCGGCAACUGUGCUUCUACCGCCAUUUGAUAAGCACUGCUCUGAAACUCGCAGCGGAAAGCUAUGCGCCUCCUUCGCUCAGCCGUCUAUUGCAGCAGUCUCGUUCUCACUUCGAUCGAUUGUUGUCCCACUCGGCCUUUGCCAUGGUCGAUUUGAGUCAGCUGUUUUCCGGCCUUCGAGGAGUAUCGAGCACCGCCGCCUAAUGCGUUAACCGACGAGUAUUUGUAUAUCAUGCUGUUGUACACAUACGCUCAUUUCUGCCUUUUAUUUAUGUGCAUGCAUUUUAGGAUGGACUAUAUGUAACUGUAUUUUCAGUGCAUUCGUUCUAUCGUGAUCCUCAUUGUGCUUUUGGAUGCAAACCAUUCGCCCUGUGAGUUUUUAUCUCUUAAUUGAUUCGAUUUCUAAAGCAGAACUUACACAAAUCUAUACACAGGUAUCUUUAAAUUAAUUUGGAACC